CACACAUCUGGUCGGUGACUGUCUCUGCAGCUCUCCUGAUCUUAUUAAGUGUAUGGGCAUUUUUUUAGGAUACUUUGAGCCUUGGACUUUUACUUUACGUCCUGAGCUUGUGUUUGGAUGUGUUUCAGAGGCCGUAAAGAACUCUUUGUACAAUUGAGCAGGUUUCUUUUGAUGCCCUGAAGUCCAGAUAUGAUUUGGUUCUGGCUUGACAGGUGGAUACAUUCCAGAGCUGGAAGAGGAAUUUUGGACAUUGUUUAGGCGACGUGAAAGUAUUAUCCGGCCUGAAAGUGAUGGGUCAGUGGAGUGGCCGGCUGGAGCUGUUGUGUUUGGUUUUGUUAGGCUGGACUCUGAUGCGAGGUCAAGGAGAAACUAACCUGGAUCUUCAGCUGCUGGAUGAGAAGCAAGUGGAAUUAGAUGAAGCAGCGAAAAAUGUGAAGGAAUUGAUAUUUUGUCCGGAAAAGUGCAGCUGCACUGUGGAGGAGGCAGUGGACUGCAAUGGAGUGAGCCUCACAGAAUUCCCACCAGAAUUGUCAGAAAAAACCCGUCAGCUCUCUCUGCAGAAUAACCAGAUCACAGAGGUCACACUAGAACAUCUUUCACACCUUCAGCAGUUGGAGACCCUAAACUUACAGAACAACCGCCUCACAACACAAGGUCUUGAUGAUGAAGGGUUACAUAUCCUGGAAAGGCUGAGUUAUUUGUACUUGGCAAAUAAUAAGCUCACAGCUGCUCCGAGACACCUUCCUUCCUCUUUGGUCAGUGCUGAUUUUGCUGCUAACCAGCUCACCAGAAUCUACCCUGGCACCUUUGGACAGAAGCCUGCUCUCAAGUCAGUUUAUCUCCAUAACAACAAGCUAACAGAUGCCGGUCUACCAGAGAACAUGUUUAAUGGAUCGGACAACCUGGAGAUCCUCAUCAUGUCCAGUAAUUUCCUCCGGUGUGUUCCUAAGGAUCUGCCAACCGCCCUCUACCGCCUACACCUGAAGAAUAACAUGUUGGAAAAGAUUCCCGCAGGUGCUUUUGAUAAUUUGUUCCAUCUUCGAGAGCUCUACCUUCAAAACAACUUCUUGAGUAAUGAUGGUGUAGACAACGAGACCUUCAGUCAGUUAAACCGUCUGGAAUAUCUGGAUUUGUCCAAUAACAACCUGACCGCGGUUCCUCUUGGCCUCCCGAGGAAUCUAAUCCUGCUACACCUGGAGAGGAACUCUAUCCAGAGCAUUGCAGUCAAUGCUCUGACACCCAUCCGGAACUUAGAGUACCUUCUCCUGCACAACAACCGUCUCCGGUCUCGCUCCAUCCAUCCGGCUGCCUUCCAGGGUCUUAAACGACUCCACACUGUCCACAUGUACAACAACCUGCUAGAGCGAGUUCCUCGAGGUCUUCCUCGUCGAGCAAAGACCUUCAUGCUUCUCCACAACCUCAUCAGUGAGAUCGGCCGCAAUGAUUUGAUCUCAUUGUACACCCUCACGGAGCUCAACCUCAGUUACAACCGGCUCACCAGCACCAAGCUUCACAGAGAGGCCUUCAGGAAGCUCAGGCUUCUGGAAACUUUGGAUUUGUCUGGAAACAAGCUGCAGGCGCUUCCAAUGGGACUGCCCAAGAGCCUCCAGAUUCUUAAGGUAAAGGACAACCAUAUGACAGAGAUACCAGAGAGGGCGCUGAUGGGCAUGAGCAAACUGAGGGAGCUCUACCUGGCAAACAAUCAACUGAAGCUGAACUCUAUCUACCAGGGAGCAUGGCAGGAGUUGAGUGCACUCACGACGCUUGAUCUCUCUGGUAACCUGUUGUCUCAUAUACCCGCUGACCUGCCUGAGUCUCUAGAGUUUCUUCACCUGCAGAACAACAAAAUCAGUACAGUAUCUGAUACAGCCUUCCUCAACACUCCCAACAUCAAAGGAAUCUUUCUCAGAUUUAACCGUCUCUCAGUUCACUCUGAAGAGUCUUUCUCUCACCUGUCCAAGCUUCAAGUGUUGGACAUCGGCCAUGGCAAUAUCUCUCCGAACCGAGGCCAGGGAGAGGAGGUAGAGGACGAGGACUUACCAUAUGAUCAAGAGGAGACAGAUUCAUGAAUCACACAGGAGAAGAGUAGAUGGAAAAAAGUAAAAAGAAAGUCAUGCAAUGAACUUUCCCUUGAUCAAAAAUGAAUUAAAAUGAAAAUGACAACUGGCAUAAAAUGUAUAAAAGCAUUAUAUAAGGUUGCUUCAUGAAUAUGGACUAGAUAAAUUCAGAUUAUUUCAAAAACUUUGACCCAUUGCAAAUUCAUUUUUACAUUUUAAGCCUGUGCAUUUUCCUCUGGUCUGUUCAUGCAUGUAAAGCCCAAAGUAUACUUCGGUUUUAAUAUGAAUGCUUAGCAUCUAUGUACAGUCGAACUCUAGCCUUUCAAAGAAUACUUCAUUUGACUCUGUGUGCAUACACAGGCGUUUGCUGCCAUGACUGCUAUGAGAUACCAGACUAUUUCUCUUCAGGAGUUUAGACCCAUAAAGAUGUCUCUAUAUUCCUUCAGAUUCAAGUUAUACAAAUUUAGGUAUCUCCUAAUCUCCUCACAUGUGCUAUUGACAUACACAUCCACUGUUGUUGUUUCCACCUUCAUCUUUUGAUGUUUAGUGGCAUUACAUGUUCUUCUAGUGCUUCUCUGUGAAAGCAAUGGCUCAAUAAUGAGUGAUGCCACCUUGUAGACCCACUAAUUGUUGCAAACAAUUCCAGGCUGCUUUCACAAAGAAGCGCUAUAAGAUGUAAGAUGCUAAACUUCAUGAGAAGAAUGUAUAAACAACAACUGUGCAUGUGCAGUAGUCGUCAAAUAAGUAUACUUUGAAAGGCUAGCAUUCGACUGUACGCAGACGCAAAGCAUUCAAGUAAAAACCGAAGUAUACUUUGAGCUUUAGAAAAAUCAGGCUCCAUGCGUUCAGUGCUUGAUUACUCUGCUGAUGACGAGAUUUGCGUCAACUGUCAUGUAUGCAGACACCUAGCAUUCACGUCUGACCGAAGUAUACUUUGGGCUUAACUUCUCCAUAUACCUCUAUAAACACAACCUUUGAAGUCAACAUGAAAUCAAAAUGAUUAAUACAGUGUUUACUUUAUUAAUACACAUGUUAUAUACACGUCCUGGUCUUAUUGUGCUCUGUUCAACGGUGCAUGUUAUUCUAAAGAGGAAAAAUAUCUUUUGAAUCUUUCAUUAAAAUUUCAUAUCUUGCUCCUCGUCUGAAACAACUUUCUAUUUCGGCUGUUGUCAAGCAUUCCUCUUACUUUUCAACCCCUCCGCUCAAACCACCUGACUCCAUUCAGUAACAUCCUGUUUACGAUCCAGUCAAUGCCCGAUGGAUAAAAGUAAGUCCUAUCUUAAAUUUUUUUUCUCAUCAAAUAUCCUGUUUCAAUCUGUAAUAAGUCAUCUUAUGGAAGUAAAAUGGGUUUUGAAUGUUGUUUUAAAGCCAAAACCUGAAAAUAUGAAUUGCGCCAUGUUAUGUCUGUCUUGCUAUCUUUUUUUAAUGUAUUUUUAUUAGGGCUUUAUAUUAUAAUGGGAAGUGUUACAAUCUCGAUUCCGGGAUGGCAACAAAAAAGGAGAAGAUGAGCACAAUUGUCAAAAAUAGUAACAUUUUAUUUUAGACAAUCACAUGAAUUGACAAAGAACAAUGGAUAAUGAAACACAUUGCUCAAGCAAAAAAGGCCAGGUACAGACACAAGUUAUGUAUGUUGAACGGAGCCCAGAAAGGAAUGAGACUCCCCUGAUAGCACACGUACAUCACCCAGAUGACUAUCUGAUGUGUUUACAUUUAGAAGAUGUAUUUUUUAGGUUGUUUGCUCACCUGCAAUUCGUCUAUAAGACGUUUAGUCUUGGAUGUCAGUGAGACGUUCAGCAGAUGUCUUUGAGACGUUCAUGAUUGUAGAUCUGUUUAGCAGAUGUUAAUUCGAUUGUGAUGCUUUCCAGAUGAAAAGAUCUAAAACAAACAUCUCUGAGACUUACGUGUGCUAUCUGGGACAGCGACCAUGGGAGAGGAAGCUGGGUUAAGUAGGCUGGGAAACCUGCGUACUGGUGUUCCCAAUUAAUUUUUAGCCCAGCAAUCACCUGCAAACAUGACACAGCAAGAAAAAGCAAACAAGCAGGUAGCGGCAAAAAAAACAAAAAAAACUCAUCAUAUAUUAAUAUCUGGUGCAAGAUACCAGAAGACUGUCCUUAUAUUGGUUGUCUUUUAUUUUAUUUUUAUUUAUUUAUUUUACUUUGUGUUGCAGUGUGCUCACACGGCCACAGAUAUCUGUGUUUGUUUACAUGUAUGAAGCAGUUUUUAUGUUAUGAAAACAUAAUUUCACAUUUUCCAGUCUUUUAGUAUUUUUUUUUUCAAAAGCCCUAAAUGGAGACCAAAAUUUCUAACACUAAUUCAUUCUACUGACCUGUUUCAGUGACGUCACAUUUUCCCCGCAGCCGCCAUUUUUGUGACCAUCAGCGAGAGGAAACAAUGGCGAUGAAUGGUAAAACACCUGUAAAGCAAUGUCAAGAAAAACCUAAAAAAAUGCUUUUGAUACAUGCCAAGUCCCAAGUGCUGAUCUUGUGUCUGAGAUCAGAACAAAUAUUGCCAAAUUUGACUUUCACGGACAUUUAAAUAUAUUUUAUCCACAAUUUACCUUCGUACGGCGGCGAGUCUGAUGUGUGACUGGCGAGUACAUCACCGUAAACAUCUCUCAUUCAGAAGUUACAAAGGUUUGUGUUGUUUUCUGCUCUGAUUUGGUAACAAUAUUACAAAAUGUCUGAGAUUAUCAUGUCUGCUUUUAAAUAAUGAAGAACAUAACAUCAUUCUAUGUGCAUUUUCAGUUUAAUUGUAUCCGAAUUGAUGAUGUUAUAAAUAUAAUGGACACGUGUACAGAUAACUGACAUGUCUAAAUAAAUGCUCUCCCCCUUCAUCGCUGCUUGUCUUUUGGGAAGUUAAGCCAUGUCAUUUAAAAGAUAAAACUUUAUCGAAAGAAAAAUUACAUUUUGGCUCUGGUAAUUAAAAAGCAGCCUUUUUGAUAUUUAUAAAUGGAAACAAAAAUUUCGCUGACUUUUGCCGCAUCCCACAGCACAGCACAUUGAAGGUAAAUGGAAUUUUGGACACAAACAUGGCGGCACGGUCAUACAGUGACGUCACAUGAAACAGGUCAAUAGCUUUUAAGCUACAUCCAACUAACUUGGCACAGACCUUCAGACUGUUAUGACUUAGUGUGCUAUAUCUUUCCUAAGUGACCAAAUGGAAUGCCCGUAAAUUCAAAAAUUAAAAUGUAAACAAACCCUUACAAAAAUCGAGACUUCAUGGCAAAUUUGUCAUAAAUUCGCCACUGAUAAUUUUCACAUGCAAAUUAGCUUUUCAAAUUAGUCCAUUGUUACCAAAGGUUUGCUGCUGGUUCACCGCUAGCGGUGAAGAGCUGCAAACUUGGCGAAUCACAAGCUCAUUUGCAUGUGAAAAAAAUUUGCAGCAAAUUCGUGGCAAGUUUAGAUUUUUUUUGUAAGGGAACCCAUAAAAGGCCUUUAAUCUAAAUGUUUAGUUGACUAUUUAUGUGACAGUCUUUCUGACUAGCUAGAUUACUGCUUGUCUUGCUUUGUCAAGCCAAUAUCAAUGUUUGUCUUGACAAACUUUAUCUAUCUAAUUAAUCAUUGUGGCCCAUGCCUGAAAUGUAAUGCCUUAAAAUGCUGCCAGCUCACUAGGUUUUGGGAACAGAGCCAAUCAAAAUCUAUCACUUUUCUAAUUUAACGGAAGUUUUAAAAUCUUAUUCAUGUCUUUGUUCAGAGAUGUGGGCUGUGCUUUGCUUAAGAGUUCUUCUACCUUACGAAAGUCAAGAGUUCAUGGCAAAUUUGCCGCAAAAUUGCCCCAAAUUCGCCACUAAACAUUUUCACAUGCAAAUGAGCUCUGUGGAAAACUUGCUGCAAAUUUUCCAUUGUUGCCAAAGGUUUGCUGGAGGUUCGGCACUACUGGCGAAUAGCUGCAAACUUCUGGCAAACAUUUGCUGCAAAUCAAAAACUAAUUUGCAUGUGAAAAUAACAAAUUUGCUGCUAGAUUUUUUUGUAAGUUCUUAUGAAGCAUACAGGCUGUUUAUAUUGGCAACCAGUCCUCUGAAAUAUUUUAAUUACAUUCAUUCCCUGUCUAAACUAAUGAACAAGCUCCAAGGGUAAAUGCAGAUGACAUGCAACGCAAACAUGCAGACAAACACAUCCCACAAACAAAUUAAAAACAACGGCCACAGUUAUAAUUUGUACAUCAACUUUUUUUCUUUGUACCCAGAUUGUGAGCAAGCAAGCUUUAUGGAAUGUUUUGAAAGUAAAUAUCGUGCUGAUUGUGCUAACAGCAUAAAUGUUACUUUUCGCAGUCUUGAUUGUGAUCAGAUCAUUUCAGAAGUAACUGCUGCGAGAAAUAAUAUUAAUGGGCAGAAAAAACAGCAAAGACAUGAAGCCAACAACAGUAUUGAACUGAUGUCACAAGCUCAGCUGCCACAGCGUUGAGUCUACAUCAUACAGAACAAAAGGCAGGAAGAACGGAAUCCCAGCGUGUCGGAGUGAUACUGUAUAUCUGCUUUCUUUCUUUGACACGGUUCUGCUGUUUUCUUUGAAGACCAGAUCUUAUUUUGAGGGGAUAUAAUCUGCAGGGCUGCUUUGGGCAGAAUUUUAAUCCAUUUGCCAUUUCUUUACCUUAUGCUUCAGUCAAUAACAUACUGUUGCUAUUUCCACUUUUAAUUACUAUUAUGCAGUAUGUCCAAGGAAAAACUGGCUCUAUGAAUAAUGCUAAUCAUUCCACACAAGCAUUACAAUUAUUUGUUUUUAUGACAGAAUUGUUGAAUUCUUCAUUCUGGUUGGUUGAAAAAUGUUCAAAGUUGUACAAACAAAUAAAUUAUUGUGUAUAAAAUGCUUUACUAAUACAGUUUUACACAUUUUAGAGUAUAAACAAAAUGUUGGCUCAUGAAUUUUCUCAUCAAUUAUCUACAGCACACAUACAGAGGACGGGGAAAUGUAUUAGUUAACAGAUGUUCAUACGUAAUACCUGUGAGAAUAUAGCUUAUAUUUGCAGAUAGUAGGUUUAUUUAUUUUUAGGUUAACAGGCAGAUUUGCUUUCUUUCAACUGUUGACAGUGGAAGAGGGCCAAAAAGGAGGGCAAAUAACUAAGGAUACAACUGUGUUACUAAUCAAUGUAUCCAAAUCUCAGAAUUUAAUUUGUACAUUCAAUUAGCAUAAAAACGUCUCCGGUUACACAUGUAACCUCGGUUGCCUGAGAUGAAGGGAAUGAGACAUUGCUUUAAGCACUAUGGGGAGACCUCCUUAGAUGAUCUAUAUGAAACCCUUAUCCAAUCACGGCAAUCCUCUGAUUGGCAAUGUUGUUUCAUUUGAGUGUUUUGAGUUUAUUGUUUGUAUGUGGGACAUUUGCCAUUUGUAUGUGUGAACUUCCAAAUGUGAAACACUGCGUGAACUGUUCGCAUGCUGAAAUCAGAGCGUUGCCUAAAACUGCUAUUUUCUUUAUAUUUUGCAGGUGAGAUGGUGAACAUUUUUAAAACAUUGCACUAAUGUUCUGAAUAUAAAUCGUUGUGGUGUUAAAUGUAUGUAUAUGUUUCUAAAUUUAUCAUCAAUCAAUAGUGUGGGUUAAUCAGUCUCAGCGUUUUGAGUGGAAUGCCCCAUAGCUGAGUUUUCACACAACUAAUGGGUAUAAAAUAGCAUUAAUUUGAGAGAAUAGAGUUUAUGUGAGAUGCUCUGUAUUCUAACAUAUUCUGAUGCAUUGAAUAUUGUAAUUGAACUAUUAUUUGAGUGUUUUGAGUUUAUUGUUUGUUGUAUGUGUGAACUCCCAAAAGUUUGUAUGCUCAAAUCAGAGCGUUGCCUAAAACUGCUAUUUUCUUUAUAUUUUGCAGAAAA